CACCUGGACCAUCACAACCAGCAGUUCUGCGGGGGGCGCCUGGAGAAGCCCCAGGGCACCAUCAAGACCCCGAACUGGCCCGAGAGUGACUACCCGGCUGGCAUCAGCUGCUCCUGGCACAUCAUUGCCCCCCUAGGCAAGGUGAUCGAGCUGACCUGGGGCAAGUUCGACGUGGAGGCCGACACCUACUGCCGCUACGACUAUGUCAGCGUCUUCCAGGGCGGGCAAAGUGAUGACGCGCGGCGUGUGGGGCGCUUCUGCGGCGACACCAGCCCUGUCCCCAUCAUCUCGGAGGGCCGGGAGCUGCUGGUCCAGUUCGUCUCGGACCUGAGUGUCACAGCCGACGGCUUCGCCGCCACCUAUGCUGCUCGUGACCCCGAGGAGCUGGCUGAGCGUGGCCCCUCACCUGUCGCGCCCCCUCUGCUGCCCCCCGUCCCCAAGCCAGGCACCAGCAAGGGCAAGGGUGGCAAAGACCCCGGCAAAGCCAAGCCACCCCCCACGGCCCCGGCCCCUCCCCCGCUGUCUCCUGAGGGGCAGCUGACCAGCACCGUCCCCACAGGCCCCAUCGCCUGCCCCAAGACCUGCCGGCGGACGGGGACCCUCCAGAGUAACUUCUGUGCUAGCGACUUCGUGCUCACUGGGACUGUGAAGGCCGUGACCCGAGGCCCUGGUGAGGGCGUCACAGCAACCGUCGCCGUGGUGACCGUCUACCAGGCCGGAGCCUUGGCGCUGCCCCAGCCCCACAAGGGGGCGUCGCUGCGCCUGGCCGUGCCCUGUCGCCAGUGCCCCCAGCUCAAGAAAGGCGCCAGCUACAUCCUGAUGGGGCAGCUGGACACUGGGGGCCCCUGGCUGCCCCCCGAGAGCUUUGUGGUGCAGUUCCGGCCCCCGCAGCACCAGGUCCUCACCAACCUCAGCAAGCGGUCGUGCCUCCCACGCCCCCAGGGCUGACCCCCGGCUCCUCGGCCUCCCCUGGUGUGACGGGGGAUCCAGCCCCGUCUGCUCUGUGUAUGCGAAUAAAGGGAAAAAAAC